CACCAAACGACUGGAAGAUAUUUCUUGGUGACCUGACAUCACAAAGUGUUUCGCAAGAUCGUUUUAUUGUGUGCAUCUCAGACCGGGGAUUUGAGCUUUGAACCGGAAGUCGUCGAUGACGCGUGGAGCUCGUCUGUCACGUCCGUUUGAAUCAACGCCUUAAAAAUUGCGUCUUUCGUUCGCCACAAAUGCGGGAUCGGGCUGCAGAUGUGUGCGCGAGGCUCGAGGGAUGUUGCGGGUGAGACGCCAGACUGAGCUCGACUUCGCGACGUGACGAGUGUUGAGCCCCUGAGGAGAACUGCGUGACUUUAUUUUGGCUUGUCAGACCUGAACAGGAGGAGCUUGCUCCAUCAUUGACUCCACAUCUCCUUUAUGUUCUCGCCAGGAUGGAGGCAAACAGGAAAAUAUUCACCAGCAAACAGGUCUGUCUCCCAUCAUCACGCCUUUAAGAUUCUCCAUCCAGGUUUUCAAAUGAAAAUGGAGGAAAUGCCCCCGUCUGGCCCAGACAACACCAGGCUGGAGGCCCUGGUCCACGACAUCUACUCUGAGCUGGUGGAAGAUGCCUGUUUGGGUCUGUGUUUCGAGGUGCAUCGGGCUGUGAAGCAGGGCUACUUCUUCUUGGACGAAACGGAUCAGGAGAGCAUGAAAGAGUUUGAAAUUGUGGAUCAGCCCGGGGUGGACAUAUUCGGGCAGGUCUACAACCAGUGGAAGAACAAGGAGUGUGAGUGCCCCAACUGUAAAAGGCUCAUCGCUGCCUCACGCUUCGCGCCGCACCUGGAGAAGUGUCUGGGGAUGGGACGCAACAGCAGCCGCAUCGCCAACCGCCGGCUCGCCAGCAACAACAACAUCAGCAAGUCGGAGAGCGACCAGGAGGACAACGAUGACCUCAACGACAACGACUGGUCCUACGGGGCUGAAAAGAAAUCGAAGAAGAGGAAGUCCGAUAAGAGUCAGAACUCGCCGAGAAGAUCCAAAUCCCUGAAGCACAAGAACGGUGAACUGGGGAGCAGCGUCUCUUCUGAGUCAUACAAGUACAACUACAGCUCUGGCAUCAGCUACGAGACGCUGGGCCCGGAUGAAGUGCGAUCGCUGCUGACGACGCAAUGCGGGGUGGUCUCCGAACACACCAAGAAGAUGUGCACCAGGUCCCAGCGAUGCCCCCAGCACACGGACGAGCAGAGGAGGGCGGUCAGGGUGUUCCUCCUGGGGCCGUCCGCGCCGCCCCUGCCCGACCCGGUUUCAGCGCCGGACUCCGACGGCUUCGACAUCCCGGACGGCCAGAUCCUCAUGAGCCGCCUGCAGUGGGAAGACUCGCCGGACGUCUCCCCGACCGACUCCGCCUCCUCUAAAACCAGCACCAACCACUCUGACCCCAGGAGGCCGCUGAAGAAGAAGAGGACCCCAGAAGGGGGCGGAGAAAGUCUGAGUGGUGGCGGAGGCAGCGGCGGCAGCAGCAGCAGCGGCAGCCAGAGCAACAUCAACCUGCCCAACAAGAAAAAGAGGCAUAAACUCUCCACACCUCUGCUCUCCAGUAUUUACAACGACUUAAACUAGCAGCUCUUGUAUUCUGAAGCCUCCUCCGUCGUCCUCCAGGUGCGUCCAAAUCAGGCGACUUCCUGCGGUUCACUAGGUUUGAAACUCAACCGUGGUCAUCGCUGGACUCUAUAUUUGUGAAUAGUUAGUCACAAAAAAAACUGAAUUUUGAACAAACUCGUGAAUCAUGAUCUGGACGGUCCAAGGCUGUGGGUCAGUUGAGUGCAGGGAGUCAGUUUUUCAUUCCAAACCAUGGCACAGUGGCGCCACCUAGUGUCCUGGUUGAGCAGGCUUCCUGUCCUUCAUGUUGAUAAUCCAUGCUUGCGCGUCCUUCGUGCUUUAGUGUCGCACACGUGGCCGAGUUUUUGUGUGUUUGGUGUGGGCGUGUUUUGAUUGUAUUUUUAACACUUUUCUGUUUUAAACGAGAUGAUGCUUAUUCAUGUCUGAAGUGUUUCUGCUUCCACGGUUUCAUGUCGAGUGAGGCGGAGACUCUUCAGAGGACAGUUCUCUUGACCUGGUCCUGCUUCUCUAGGCGAAGAGGAACCGUGAUAGUUGUCUUCUCAGAAAUGAUUUACAAUGGUUGCACAACGUCACUCAAAGUUUCACUGACAAGCACAAACUAGCUAUGUUCAGGAGGUCAUGACCUCUGACAUCUGGACGAGUCGUGAUGUCGAGGCUACUUGGUUCAGUUCCAGAAAAUGUGGAUUUACAGUAUAUUUUGUUUGAAGUGGCCCUGAAACUCAGCAGAAGAAGGGAAAGGCAUGAUCUUGACCGGUGCCAGAUUCGCUCCUGGGUGACAUCGGUUUCACAGACUCGAGCGACUGCGUUCGUUCGUCACUCGCUUUCUGUCCUGCAUUGUGAGGUGAAGGCUCAUCUCUCUCACCAGUCUGAGCCUGAAACCUGAACGCUCAGUUCCAAACGCACUUUACACAAACUGGUUAGUCAUCAAUAAGAUUGAAAAAUAACCUUUUAAUUUAUGUUUUAUUCAAGGUGAAAUGCCUCCUUAUGACAGCUUUUCUGCAUAUUGGGCAAAAAUAUUGGAAUACAGUUGUGAUACUGCAACAGGGGUAAAAUAUUGUAAAUUGUCACUGUUUUUAAAGACAUUUGUCCUCCAAAAUAGAUGUUUUUAAAAAAUGACUUCUAAGUGCUACUAAUUUAUCGGCUCUGUGGGUUUAACAGCCACACAAACGUCUAUUUUUAUGCCGCUGUAAAUGAACUGUACCGUGCGCUCAUUUCAUUUUUGUAAAUAUCUACUGCAGAUAGAAUAUUCCGUGCAGCUGUGUGUGAGCAUAUUUCCAGGUGUGUGUGACUGUUCCAUGCUGUUGUGCUGCCAAUCAUAAAAGAAGAUUCCACUCAGCUUGUUUUCUGAAGCUUUAAUGUGAAGCAGAUCAGGAGCGUUGGCCUCUAUCGUCUUUAUUUACACGAAAUACACAAGAUAUUUACAAGCACGGAGCAAUGUCACGAUCAGCAGGAACCUACAGCUUUGUUUUGUUUCUUUAAUCUGCGUCACGGCAGGUGGAGUCGAUGCACACGGUGAGUUUAGAAGAGCGCUUUCAGCUGAAAUGGUGAGGAGAAAGGAGCAGAAUGUGGCCUCAGAGGUUCCAGAAGUUUCCUACACGCCAACAAUUCACACACAGAGCCACAGUGAUUGGUCUAAAGCGUUAACUCACAAAUACACACCAGAAGGACGGCGUGGUCCGGUACUGUGGUUCUGAUCCCAAUUGUCGAGUUGACUUGAUCCUUUUUUUGGAGUUAUCUGCAUCAACUGAACUGAAAGUGACCAGAAAUCUUUUUUACAUGCUAUCAAGUCCGUGCUAGCGCGACCGCCGCCCCUCUCAGCGGCCGUGCAUCCCAAAUAAGAGAAAGCUAAAGAAUACGGUGACUCCCACGAGGGAGAUGGUCGCGGGCGCUGUGAAGAACUGCCGGUAAUUGAUUCUGAAGUACCAAACCACGGCCAGAAUCACCACAAACACGGGAACCACCAGGCUGCUGGUGCCGGCCGCCGCGGCCUGGACUCCCCCACCCAUGCCUCCCGACUGAGCCCCGUCGUCCGCGUUGUUCUCCAGCA